GCUGCGGCUCCAUCGGCAGCGCCUCUCUCUCCCGCUCUCGUCCUCGGAGGGAGAGUGAGUGUGUGCGUGUCUCUGCGUGUGUGCGCUGGUAAUGGUCUGUGUCUCUCCUUUUUUUUUUUUUUUUUUUUUUUUAAUCAGGAGCUCUGAAUGAAAGCCAGUCAGUGGGAGAGCUCCCCCUUAGCUUUGGUUCCCGGCUGUCCAGAGUUAAGUGAUGCUGGGAGAAAAAGCCUGAGUUAGAUCCAAGUAGGAUCAGUCUUAGAAAAUAAUAGGAGAAAACAAACAACAACAAAAAAAGGACUCUAACAGCUCGUUUUUCAGUCUGGUUGGGGUGAACACUACUCCACUUUCUCAGAAGCAGAAUAAAAGUUCCAAAAGCAGACAUACAUUACUGCAGAAAGACAGACAAAAAGAGGAAAUUGUUUACUAAAGAAAGAACAUCUCAGCUGGAAAAGACCAACGUCCGGUAGCAACCAGUAAAUGGAAGUCUGAGAAGUGCAUCAGGGUUUGCUUACUAUGUACAGUUCAGAGAUGAGUUGCGGGAAGCUGCUUGCCUGCAUCAGCAACUAGAGACAUAAAGAGCAAGUCAAGAAAAACAACACUGUAGACUCCAUUGCUGACCAGCUUGAAGAGCAUCAGCAGUGGAGAACUAUGACAAUACAGCAAGUCCUAUUGCUUCUGCUGCUCUGGAUGUGGUUGCCGCAUCCCUGCCAUACAGAAAUGCUGUUCAGAAGGACUCCUGAUCUCAGACCCAAAAGCUUUGGAGGACGUGCAUCAGGGAAUGAUGGAAAAGCAAUUCACCGCCAGAAGCGAGGCUGGAUGUGGAACCAGUUUUUCCUUUUAGAGGAAUACACAGGAUCUGAUUAUCAGUAUGUAGGCAAGCUUCAUUCUGACCAGGACAAGGGAGAUGGAUCCCUCAAAUACAUUUUGUCAGGAGACGGGGCUGGUACUCUUUUUAUAAUUGAUGAGAAAACAGGUGACAUUCAUGCUACUCGGAGAAUUGACAGGGAAGAGAAAGCCUUUUACACGCUGCGUGCCCAAGCUAUUAAUAGAAGAACUCUGAGACCAGUGGAACCUGAAUCUGAGUUUGUCAUCAAAAUCCAUGACAUCAAUGACAAUGAACCAACGUUUCCAGAAGAAAUUUACACUGCUAGUGUUCCUGAAAUGUCAGUAGUGGGUACUUCUGUGGUGCAAGUUACAGCUACUGAUGCCGAUGACCCUUCAUACGGAAACAGUGCCAGAGUAAUUUACAGCAUACUUCAGGGACAGCCAUAUUUCUCUGUGGAACCAGAAACAGGCAUCAUCAGGACUGCUUUGCCAAACAUGAACAGAGAGAACAGGGAGCAGUACCAAGUAGUUAUCCAGGCAAAGGACAUGGGAGGCCAGAUGGGUGGAUUAUCAGGGACCACCACCGUGAACAUCACUUUGACUGAUGUCAAUGACAAUCCACCUCGAUUCCCCCAGAGUACCAUCCACCUCCGCAUUCCUGAGUCCUCCCCAGUUGGGACAGCCAUUGGCAGCGUCAAAGCCACAGAUGCAGACACUGGAAAAAAUGCAGAAGUAGAAUACAGAAUUAUAGAUGGCGAUGGGACAGAUAUGUUUGAUAUUGUGACACAGAAGGACACACAGGAAGGCAUCAUAACUGUGCGAAAGCCACUGGACUAUGAGACGAGACGACUUUAUACCUUAAAAGUAGAAGCUGAGAAUACCCAUGUGGAUCCACGCUUCUAUUAUCUUGGGCCUUUCAAAGAUACAACUAUUGUGAAGAUCUCUGUAGAAGAUGUAGAUGAACCUCCUGUCUUCAGCAGAUCUUCUUACCUUUUUGAGGUGCAUGAAGAUAUUGAGUUGGGGACAAUAAUAGGAACAGUAAUGGCACGGGAUCCUGAUUCAGCCUCAAGUCCAAUAAGGUUUUCUCUGGAUCGUCAUACUGACCUUGACAGGAUAUUUAAUAUCCAUUCUGGAAACGGGUCCAUCUAUACUUCUAAGCCACUUGACCGUGAGAUAUCACAAUGGCACAAUCUUAGCGUUAUAGCAGCUGAGAUCAACAACCCCAAAGAUACUACUCGUGUUCCUGUCUACGUAAGAAUUUUGGAUGUUAAUGACAAUGCCCCACAGUUUGCUGUAUUCUAUGAUACUUUUGUCUGUGAAAAUGCAAGAGCCGGCCAGCUUAUUCAAACCAUAAGUGCAGUAGAUAAAGAUGACCCUCUUGGUGGACAAAAAUUUUUCUUCAGUUUAGCUGCUGUUAACCCUAACUUCACUGUUCAGGAUAAUGAAGGUAAAGUUCAUGCCUGUUCCAGGGAAAGUGUUUUAUCUUUGCUGUCUGGACUAUAUUUGCUUUUGGUGUCUAUCAAUAAGUAGAGAGGCCAUUGAGGUUGCUGCUAGCAAGAAAAAUAAUUUUACCUGAAUGUUUGUAGUUUAGGACUUCUACAUUUUUAUGUGUGUAAGGGAGGCAAAAAUUAGGAUGGCAAAAAUGUGAUAAAACAAAUUGUAAAGAAAAUCAGUCAAAGUGUUGGUUUGGGGUGAGUAGCCAGAUGAAGUGCUUGACUGAAGGAGAAAAAAAGGUUUCAAAAAUGGCUCUACCUGAUUAGUUCAGAUUUUCCACUUUAUCCUUCUGUCACAUAGCUCUUUUUCCCUUGGUCUUCUGUUUUUUCUUCUUUCUGACCAUUAAUGAAAAUAAUAGUUCUGAGCACAUAGCCACUUUGUCUUUUCUUUUAGUCCUUUGUCAAUCUUUAUCAGAGAAAAUUUUCAGAAGAUUCUGUUGGAGAAGGGGAACUAUGCACCCAUUUUGGCCCUCAUUGUCUGUAUGACUAACUGAGAGAGCUCUAGAUUACAGAAGAAAUAAAUGAGGGGUACAUGAUACCAGCCUUCAAAUGUAUUAAAGGCAUAAAGGCAAUGGAAAUAAUCCUUUUUUCCUGAUGAACAUUGCAGGAAGUAAUAGCCUGCAAACAACAUGAAAAAUUUUAGGUUAGACAGAGAAAAAAAUUCUAACAGUAGGGAAGGUGAAGAAAUGAAAUCAAAUUGUU